GGGAGGAAGGGAGGGAUGGAGGGAGGAUGAGAUGGGGGCCGACGAGGGGGAAAAAGAGGUGGAACCGACGGAGUACUACGAAGAAAGCUUUCGGGAGGGGGGGCUGCGGACCGAGGCUGAUGAGGGUGGCUUGGAUGAGGAGAGGGCCGCGCGUCUGGCGGACACCUUCUUCUUCAGCCGGAAGACCUUCGAGGAGAUCGGCGCCUCCCCCGAGGCCCGGGCCGCCCUGGGGUCCAUGGGCAUCGCCCGCCCUUCCAAGGUCCAGACCAUUGCCUACCCGCACAUUCUACAGGGAUCCUCCUGCAUUAUCGCCGAGCAGACGGGCUCGGGGAAGACCCUGGCCUACCUCCUCCCCCUCUUGCAGCGACUCCGGGGGCUGGAGGGGGGAGGGGAGGGCAAGGG